AUGUCGAGCAACCUACGGACGUAUGCGCAAGUCUCCGCAGCUCAAGGGUAUUUACGACACAUGGCAUCCGCGCCCAACAUGCCUAAGUAUCUCCCGUCGACGCGGGUCGGCUCCGUCUCGCGUAUGUCCAGAAUCCCGCACGACGGCGCGCACCCGAUGCCGACCCGCUGGCUUGAAUCCGUCAGCAAGGCUGUGGCGGGGACCGGCCAUCCCCGCGCGCACAUCGGCGGCCCGCAAUCUGCGCGUCACUCGAGUAGGCCAUCAUCUCGCGCAUCACGGCCGAAACGGGAGACAAAGUUCGCGCUAGGGCAGACGCGUAGCGUAUCAGGCGCGCCUCCUGGUUUGAUGACAUACCUCUCACCCGCGGGAAAGGCGCCGGGCGCGGUGAGCACGGCGAAUGUUGUGUGCCGAUCUGCGCCGGCCUCUCGCUCGUCCUCGCGUGUGGGCGAGCGGAAGAGCGGGCCUCUCAAGGGAUGGGCACUUGCCGAGGUGACCAAUCGAGCAGGCAAGAAGCCGCGGCGGCAGAGUAAGUGCGACGGCGUGCCGGUGCUCGCGAGUACGUGCGUCGAGAAUGAUGAAUGGAGCACCCAUUGGGUGGACGGGCGGCGCGUGCCCCUGUCUCUGAGCGGCGCGCAGGACGGGCUGAGGAUGGAUAACGAUUUAGAAAACGACGAUGACGAUGACGAUGACGAUGACGCCGAGCUCGACUUCGCGCGGCUGCUCGUCCCGCCGAAGCGCCAGUACUCGAUCCAGAGUCUGCGUCGGCACAUACACCGCAGCCAAACCAACUUGCGCGAGCAGCGGGACCUGUGGGGCGACGAUGACGGAUAUGGCACGCAGAGCCGUAGCCGGCGAGAGUCGAUAGAUGACGAGGAUGGUCAUGGCUGGGAGGCAAUGGGUGCCCCUGGCUUCGGCAACGCUAAGAGAAGACGGGGUCUGCCCGGCGCAUGGGCAACACUGUGCCCGAUCCAAACGCAAGACGAGGACUCGGAAGAAGACGAACCCAAGGACUAA